UUGCCACUGAAGCUGCAGCAGGAUCCCUGAUGUCAUCGCUUUAGAGGCUUCCUGUAUCCUAUCCUGAAGCCAUGGCAGUUCAACAUUCACUGCAGUUCAACAACAUGCUGAGGGAGGAAAAUGUAGACCCCCAAAACAUGGGGACAUCCUUCUCUAGGCCAAUGACAGAGAACAGAGCAGAGGUCCAGAUUCUGCCGUCUCAUGUACAGUUGUCUAUAGUUUCAACUUCAACCUCAGAUACUGGAGGGACAUCUACACAGAUAUCUCCAAGCUUUGAUACAAUGUCUACACUUCUAACGAGAGCACCAAACUCUGGAGCCUCAUCCCCACCACCAGUGCCAAUCUCAGACUCUGUAACACUGUCUCCACUGCUAAUGCCAGCCUCAGAUUCUGGGCCAUUGUCCCCAUUGCUAAUGCCAGCCUUGGAUUCUGAGGCACUGUCCCCAGUGCUAAUGCCUGCCUCAGACUCUGGAGCAUUGUCCCCACUGUUGUCCAUUUCAGACUAUGGAUUAUUGUCUCCAGGAAUGUCUACAGUUCCUGACAUUGGGACAAUGUCAACAUCACUAAUGUCCACAGAUUAUGCAGAGAUAUCACCACUGGCAGUUACAACUUCAUCAUCUGAUGAAAUGUCUAUACCUAUCAUGAGCACCUCAUCCUCUGAAACAAUGUCCACACCAUUAAUGCUUGCCCCAGAUCCUGGAGAGAUAUGCCCACUCCCAACUUCAACUAUAAAUCCUGAAGUUAUAUCCACACAGUCAACAGCAGCUCCAGUCUCUGAAGCAAUGUCCCCAUUGCAAAUUACAGAUGAAGACACUGAAGCAAUGUCCAAAGUGCUAAUGACUGCCAUAGCCUCUGGAGAGAUAUCUUCACUGCUCAUGUCAGACACAGACUCUGAAGCAAUAUCCUCACUGAUAAUGUCAGCCUUAGCUUCUGGAGAAACAUUAACCCAGUCAGCAAACAUGGAAGACUGUGAGGGAAUGUCUAACUCAUUCAUGUCAGGUUUAGACUCUGGAAUCAUGUCUUCACUGCUAAUGUCAGCUUCAGCCUCAGAAACAGUGUCCUCACCACUGUUUUCCAUACCAGAUGCUGGAGACAUGUCCACAUUGCCAAAUCCAACCCCAGAUACUGAGGCAGUGUUAGCCCUAACCUCUGCAGAAAUGCAUAGCCAACUGAUGACAGCCCCAAGCUCUGGAGGAAUGUCUCCACAGCUAACACAAAAUCUAGACUCUGAAAUCAUGUCUACUCUGCCAAUGAGAGCAACAGUCCCUGCAGUGAUGUCCACACUGCCAAUGACAGCUUCAGAUGCAGAAAUAAUGUCUACACCACUGCUGAGAACACUGCCCUCUAGCAAUAUGUCCACAGUGCAAAAUAUGGCCCCAGCCUCUGGAACAAUGUCCAUACCACUAAUGACAGCCACAAGCUCUGGAAUGAUGUUCACUGAGAAAAUGUCAGCCACAGCUUCUAGAGUUGUGUCAACACAGUCUAUGACUGAAACUUCUGGAGCAAUGCCCACAGGUUUUAUGACAGCCACAGCCAGUGGAGAAAUGUCCACACAGAAAAUGAAAGCCCUAGACUCUGGAGUGAUAUCCACACACCCAGUUGCAACCACAACAUCUGAAACAAUGUCUGUGCUACAACCAGUAGUCAUAACCUCUGGGUCAGUGUCCACACAGCAAACCAGAGCCUCCUUCUCUGGGGCAAUAUCCAUGUCACAGAUGAGAACUACAGCCUUAGGACUAACAUCUUCACAACAAAUAAGAGCCACAGCCUCUGGAUCAAUGUCCAUUCCAGUAAAAACAUGCAAAGCCUCUGAAUCAGUGUCCCCACUGUUAAUGGGAGACACAGCCUUGGGAGAGAUGUCCGUGCCACAAAUGAGAGCUCCAGCUUCUGGAGCAUUGCCCAAGCCACUAAUGAUAUCCAAACCUUCUGAAACAAUGUUUAUGCAGCAGAUGACAACUGCAGCUUCUAGAGAAAUGUCUUCUUUGCUAAUGAGGGACACAACGUCUGGAGCUCUGUCCUUGCCACAAAUGACAGACAUAGCCUCAGAAGGGAUGUCCACACUGCUAAUGAGAGCCACAGACUCUGGGGCAUUGUCGACAUCACAAAUAACUGCCACAGCAUCUGGAGCUAUGUCCAUGCCUCUUCUGAGAGCCCCAGGCCCUGUAGGAAUGUCCACAUCACUAACAAGAGCCACAGGCUAUGGGAACACCCAAGAUUCUGGAGAGAUACCCACAUCACUCACGAGAUCCAUGAUCUCUGGAGGGGUACAGAUGAGAUCCUGUGCCUCUGGAUUGGUGCCCACACCACCACAGAGAGCCUCAGAGUCCGGAGAAUUUUCCACAUUGCUCACAAGAGUCUCAUCCUCUGGAGAGAGUUCUCUUCCCUUGAGAGCCCUGGCUUCUACAGAAAUAGUGACACCUCCAAGAGCCUCAGCUUAUGAAACAAUAUCUGUUCCACAAAUGACAACCACAGCCUCUGGAGUGAUAUCCAUGCCACAGAUGAAGCCUUCAGUCUCUGGAGCAACAUCCACACCAAUAACGAGAUUUACAGCAUCUGGAGGGAUGUUCAUGUCUCAAGAGUCAUCCACAGCUUCUGGAGGGAUAUCUUUGCCAGUAAUGGGAAUCCCGGUCUCUAGCACUUCUUCCACACUACAAAUGGUACCUACAGCUUCUGGAGACAUGCACAUACUCCCAAUGAGAGUACCAGGCUCUGGAAUGACACCCCUACCACAAGUUAGUGCACCAGCCUCCGGAACUAUGUUCACACCACUAGGGAGAUUCUCAGCCUCUGGAGCUGUGUCAGCAGAGUUAAUGAACGCUCCAGCCACUGGAAAGAUGCCUACUGCACAAAUGACAGCCAUGGCCUCUGAAGAGAUAUCCAACCCAAUAACGAGACCCAUGCCCUCUGGAAUAAUGCCCAUGCCUUUGAAGUCGGCCAUUGAUUCUGGAGAAAUGUCUAAGCCUUUAAUGAAAACCAUGGCUUCUGGAGCAAUGCCAACACUAAAAACCAAAGUCAAAAGCUCCAGAUCUAUGGCCUUGCCACAAAUGAAGGACAGAGCUUCUGGAGGAAUAGCUAAGUCACCCAUGACAGUACCAGCUUCUGGAACAAUGUCUACACAACUAAUGAGAUUCACAGACUCUAGAGGCAUAUCCACACCACAGAUGACAGCUACGGAACCUGGAGUGAUGUCUACAUCACUCAUGAGGGCUCCAGACCCUGGAGUAAUGACAAUACCACGAACAGCCUUUGGAGCGAUGUCCACUCUGGAAAUCAAAGCGACAGACUCUGGAGAGGCAUCUACCUCACAUACCAACAUCACAGCCUCUGAAUCUAGGGCAAUACCACGCAUGACUGGCAGAACCCCUGAAACAACAAACCCACCACCAGAGAAAGUGCCAUCCUUUGGAAUGUUGACUCCAGGACUUUGUUACCUCUUAGAGGAGCAGGAAGCAAUCCGAGGUUCAUGCUCAGUGGAGGAGGAGAAGGAUAUUGACGAGGAAAAACAAAUGAGGAGGUUUUUGGACGAUUCAGAGAAAAUGGCAUUUCUGGUGUCUCUUCAUCUGGGUGCAGCAGAGAGGUGGUCCAUCUUGCAGAUGGAGGUAGGAAACACCUCAGAUGAAAAUAAAUCAUUCCUGAGCAGAGCACAAGGCUUAUAUGACUCCCUGUCUGAGAUAGACAUCCUCAGUGCCGUUCUUUGUCAUCCCAAGCAGGGCCAGAAGUCAGUCAGGCAGUAUGCCACUGACUUCCUGUUGUUGGCCCGAAAUGUGUCUUGGUCUGACGCCAUUCUACAGGCUAGGUUUCUGGAAGGACUUUCAGAAGCUGUUACCACAAAAAUGGGUCAGAUCUUCCUGAAGGUGGCUGGUAGCCUAAAAGAACUGAUAGACAGAUCUCUCUACAUAGAGUGCCAGCUGGCAGAGGAAAAGGGCUCCUUGGGCAAACCAAGCCAGGUUCUGCCGACAGCCUGUAAGCGGAAUAAUGAGGAGGCCAUGGAGAAUGAACAGAGCUCUCAGCAGCAGACUGAGGAGCACCAACAUGUUUCCAAACGCUGUUACUACCUGAAAGAGCAUGGAGAUCCUCAAAAGGGUCUUCGUGACCACCUUCAACAGAGCACAGGCCAUCAGAAGACUUCCACCAACGAGUAAUGUUCCCUGGAUUCCUCUCCUAUGAUAUCUGGCUUGGCUGCUAACUUGAAGACUGGUUCCAGGAUCCAUAUCAUUCAACUACAUCAUAAACCUCAUUGCUUUUACCCACCCACCUUCCUAUCCAGGCACAUCUCACCUUACCUCCCACUUGGCUGCCUGGACCUUGUCUUUCAUGCACUUGCCUGUGACUUGCUCCAACAAUCAGAGUGUGAACUGUAAUAGUGUAUGGUGUGUAAGCUUCUAAACAUCCAUCAUCAUCAAGGCUAGUCCUAGUUGUUGGAAGAAGUCCAGGCAGGAGAAAUCAUUUCCUACCUCACAAACACUUGCCAUGUGUCUUGCCAUGUGUCAUCAGGCAAACUUGAGAAAACUCUUGUCUCACUCCACCUGCAAGGAGAGCCUAUAAAGAUAGAGAUACCCACUCGUAUAUCACCUUUUAAAACCAGUGGAUUUGCUUCUAUGUGCCCCUCCUUAUUGCACCUAAAAUGUGUCUUCAGGGUCCUUUCUUGGUUUAUAGUUACCACUUUGAAUCAUUUGCCUUGACCAAUACUAGUACUACUACUACUAGUAAUAGUAAUGACUAACAGUUAUUGAUAAUGUACCAUGUAACAGGUGCUGGGAUAAACUCCUGACAAGCACCAUCUCAUUACACUGUUAGAGUGACCUAACUUUUUCCUGUGUUAGCUUCUGUUCUCUUGAUGGAUUGUUUAUGGCCCUUGUCUUGUCCUUCAGUGUGGAAUCUUUAGCUCUGAUCUCCGAGUGGUGCCUCAGCUGUUAAUUGCCCUCAUUCACUUUGGCUGUUGUGCUUUGUGGCCAUCACUGUUUAUAAAAGUCUUGAUCUCUAAGCUGGCAUAGAU